AUGGCCCACCAAGGAGGAUGCAUGUGCGGUAAUGUCCGUUACAGCGUCGAAGGCGAGCCUGCAGGCAAGAUCACCGGCUCGACUUACUCCACGAAUGCCAUCUUCCCCAGCAACCAAUUCAAGCUCACUCAAGGCACUCCCAAGCAACAUUCCAAGACGGCGGACAGCGGCAAGACGAUUACCAGCCAUUUCUGUGGAGACUGCGGCUCUACCCUUUUCAGGGAGACUGGCUCGUUCGAGGGCGCCAAGAUCGUCAAGAUCGGUACCUUGGACGAUGCUAACGCGUUAUCUGACUUGAAGCCCGCCAUCGAGCUCUUCGCUCCGACUCGUAUUCCUUGGGUCCAGGCUGUUGCCGGCGCUCAGCAGAAGGACACCAUGUAA